AUGGCUCGCCUCUGCUUCACCACGCCCAUGCCGCACCUCCGCCGCCGCUACUCCUCCUCCACCUCGCCGCCUUCACGCCGCUGGGAACCCCGACCCGCCUUUGCCGCAGCCACGGAGCGCGUCCGCGCCGGGACGCUCAGCCCUGAAGACGCACACCACCUGUUCGACGUAUUGCUACUGCAGGCCAACCCGGUCCCCGAGCGCUCCCUCAACGGCUUCCUUGCCGCGCUCGCCCGUGCUCCGGCCUCCGCUGCUUUCAGAGAUGGACCCUCCCUUGCUCUCGCCCUCUUCAACCGCGUCUGCCGACAAGAAGCAGGGCCACGGGUGGCGCCGCCCACAGUCUGCACCUACAACAUCCUCAUGGACAGCUGCUGCCGUGCAUGCCACCCGAACCUAGGCCUUGCCUUCCUCGGCCGCUUCCUCAGGACGGGCCUCAAGGCAGACCAGAUCGUCGCCAACAACCUCCUCAAGUGCCUCUGCCACGCAAAACGGACAGAUGAGGCUGUCAACAUGCUGCUUCAUAGGAUGUCCGAGUUCGGUUGUGUGCCUGAUGCCAUCUCAUACUCCAUAGUACUUAAGAGCUUAUGUGACAAUAGCAGGAGCCAGCAAGCGCUCGAUCUGCUCCAGAUGGUAAGGAAAGGAGGUGCCUGCUCCCUCGAUGUGGUGGCAUAUAGCACAGUCAUCCACGGCUUCUUUAAGGAGGGUGAAAUAAGCAAGGCAUGCAAUCUAUUCCAUGAAAUGGUGCAGCAAGGGAUUGUGCCUAAUGUGGUGACAUAUAGCUCGAUUAUUGAUGCCUUGUGCAAGGUCAGGGCGAUGGACAAGGCAAAGCUGGUCCNNUACUUGGAACUCAUUCAUGUACUCCCUUUGCAAGCAUGGAAGAAGCAAAGAAGCUGCAGAAUUUUUUGA